UCUCUCUCUUCCUUCUCCCGCUGCACACGCGUGCGAAAGGGGUCGGAUCGAACGCCGCUCUGCCGUCGUCUUCCAUCUCUAUCCGAAGCGGAAGCGGAAGAGGGAGGGACGGGGUGAUGGGGUUGUGCCAGUCGAGGCUGGAGAGGCAGGAGGCGGUGUCGAGGUGCAAGGCGAGGAGGCGGUACACCAAGCAGCUGGUGCAGGCGAGGAGGGACAUGGCGGCGGCGCACGCGCUGUACCUGCGGGCGCUGCGGGCCACGGGCGCCGCGCUGCUGCAGUUCGCCAGCGCUGAGGCGGACCACCCGCACCCGCACCACGGCUCCGCGCCGCCGCCGCAUCCGCCCUCCCCUCCGCCGCCCCCGUCCCCGCCUCCGCCGCCGCCCCCCCCGCCGCCGCCGCUCAGCCCGACGCCGACCACCACGUCGUGGACGACCAACUCCUCCUCGAUCAGCGCGUCGCCGAUCCUGCCCCCGCCGCCGCCGCCGCCAAUGCCGUCCAGCUGGGACUUCUGGGACCCCUUCGCCCCGUCCUCCUCCCGCUCCCCCACCGACGACGCCGAGUGGGACGACGCCGCCACAACCAUCGACGCCCCCAACGCGGCCCCCGUCGUCACCGUCGCGGCGGCUGCGGCCCCGCCCCCUUCCAUCGUCACCGCCACCACCACCACCUCCACGGCCAGCGAGCUCACCGUCGUCGCCGUGCCCCGCGGCGGCGCGGGGAAGAAGGACCUGGCCGAGAUUGCCACCGAGCUCGACGAGUACUUCCUCAAGGCGGCCGACGCCGGCGCCCGCGUCGCCGCGCUGCUCGAGGCCCCUAACUGCGAGCCACCUGAGACCAACCACAGCUUCCCAGGGAAGGUUCUGAAUUACAGCAAGAACUUGCGGCCGAUGGGAUGGUCAUGGGGCGGAACCGGCUACAGUAAAGGCAGCAGUGGUUUCUCGAGGUUUGGAAGAGGAGACGAAGGGAUGGGCAAUGGCGGAAGUAGUGGAAUUCUUAGCCAUUCAUCCACCGUAGAGAAGCUCUACGCCUGGGAGAAGAAGCUGUUUCUUGAGGUCAAGAGUUACGAGGGGUUUAAGCAGGAACAUGAUAAGAAGAUAGGGCUGUUGAGGAAGCAGGAGGUGAAGGGUGUGGACUACUUGAAGAUGGAGAAGAACAAGAUGGAGGUCGAGAGCCUGGAUUCCAAAAUGCUUGUUGCCACGCAGUCCAUCGAGACCACCACUUCUGAGAUAAUGAGGCUGAGAGAAUCCGAGCUAUUUCCUCAGCUUCUUGAGCUGGUUGCUGGCUUGAUGAGCAUGUGGAGGGGCAUGUAUGAGUGUCAUCAAGUACAAACUCACAUGGUGCAGCAGCUUGAGUAUCUCAAUAAUUCCUUGAGCACUAACCCGACUUCCAAUGUCCACCGGCAAGCAGCUCUACAGCUUGAGAUCGAGGUCGACAGAUGGUACUCAGCAUUUUGCAGUCUGGUUAAGUCCCAGAGAGACUAUGUCUACUCAUUGACCGGAUGGCUUCGCCUCUCCUUGUUCCAAAGCUACCAUGAUCCACACAGUAAAGGUCAUCAGAACUCCGAUAUCUACAGCUUGUGCGAGGAAUGGCAGCUAGCCAUUGAUCGAAUCCCCGACAAGGUGGCCUCGGAAGGGAUCAAAACUCUCCUGACAGUGAUACAUGCCGUGGUUGUACAACAGGCUGAGGAGCAAAAGCAAAAAAAGAGGUCCGAGUCUGCAUUCAAGGAACUGGAGAAGAAGACAGAGGAACUAAGAUCCCUAGAGUCCAAGUAUGGGCCAUACUCUGGUGCUGAAGGCGGCUUCGGGGAUAUGUCUCGGAAGUCGCCAGUAUCAGACAAGAGGGCGAAGGUGGAGGCUCUGAGAUGUCGGGCAGACGAGGAGAAGAGCAAGUAUGAGAAGAGCAUCGGGGUCACAAGAGCAAUGACCCUGAACAACCUUCAGACGGGCUUCCCCAACGUUUUUCAGGCGAUGACGGGAUUCGCCAGCGUUUGCAUGGAAGCGUUUGAGUCGGUGUACAACUUCAAGAGUUCAGACCGGAUCCUUGAUGCGAAGAGGCUACUGACCUGAGACGUCGUCGUCUCGUGCUGUGCUGGUACUUGGUAGGUCACUGUAUAAAGUGUAUACAGUUCUAGACUUCUUGUAGAAUAGCAGGUGGAAGAGUUUUUAACUUUAGAAACCGUCUCUGUGUUAUCACCUUCUGUCUUAAGGUACUAAGAUAGUUUAGGCAGGCACAGGAAUGCCUCGAGUUCAUUUACUUGCUGUGAACGAACUUGAAGCCUUGUUCUUCAUCUUUUUGGCUAGCUCUGAGGCGAUUGUCCAUUCUUGGAUUCGGGAUGUGAAAUCUGGCAAAUUCAAGAAUCAUAUUGUUUAGUAGAUGAGAACAGAUGACACAGUAUUUCGCAUACUGCAGUCACUUGCAUUAAUUAAGACGCCCAAUUGCAUAUUCACGCAAUCACGCGUACUGGAAUAGAAUUUUGGCAAGUGCAGUCACUUGGCUUUUUGAGCAAGCCGAUGAA